AUGAAGCUGUUCGUUGCGAUUGCCGCAGCGGCAAAAUUGAUCUUCUCCGCGCCAUCCAUCAAUAUGGUCAAUGCUGGCGAGUCCAUGAGCCUGUACGAACGCCUAGCUAUCGCUGCCGACGAGCUGCCAAACGCGCCAGAUGGGGAGCCUUCCGCAGAAGAAGUGAACUUUGCUCUAGCAGUCAUGCGUGCUACGGUUGCCAUCUCGGACGACGCCCUGUCGCGCAAGCUCACGUGCGCAAAGCAACUCACCAAGAUUAUGGAGAUUCACAGCAGGGCAACAAACCCGGCUCAGACGCACGUGUCUGAGGAGGCGUGGAAGCUGCUCUACGAUGAGCUCGCAAACGAGAUGCGCAAGAUGAUACACAAAUUCGAUGCGGAGAGUAACCUGGCUUUUGCCAGAUACAUCCAGAUUCAACAACUGCGUCUCGAGCUUCGAGAACGCUCGAGCUUGGAAACAACUCGGCUCGCUCACAGCUGGCUCAGUCCUUCCGUAUGGCACUGGACGCAACCUCAGCCGCGCCUGUAUGAACGCCCUCUUUUCAUGCGCCCGGCUGAGAUCGCUCAGGAAGAUGCCUUGAAUGGCACCAUUGGCAUUGAGAACAGCUUCGUGGCUCACCUUGCUCGUCAGGAGGCAUCAAUUCGCGGCGACUCAAGCCCGAAUAUGCUCGACUUUCUCUGGCCCAGGCCGGUCAAUACCUCCAGCGCCUUCUUCGUUCCGGCUGGCAACAAGCGCAAAGCUCAAGGACCACCCGCAGGCUCUUCUUCGCCCGCUACUCAGUCUCAUUCGCACACGCCUGGUACGGUCACGCUCCACCUGCCAGCCUCCUCAGUCACCUUGCUUACGGAAGUCAACGCUCAGCAGACAACGACGCACUUCGACCUACCAGCGUCCGCAAUCUCGUCGGCUGCUGGAUCGAUGGUCGAAUUGCCACACAUCAUGGUGCAGCUUCCGGACCCCUCGUGCUUCCCUCCGGGCUUAAAAAUGUUCUUGCCGGAGCUACACGUUCACUUGCCCGUCACGCUCACCACGCGCCCUCCUUCGGCCUGGCUACGCCACAGCAGCGGCCUUAUCGUACCUGGCAAGGUGACGUACCUCAGCGGUUGCGGCUUGAAGCAGGGAAGCUCAGGUGUCCACCUGCAUUAUCUGCCUUCUGAAGGUUCUGCACGUCGUCGUCCAGUCGUCUCCGGGCCCUCCUCUACUUCUCUGCCCAACCCUUUCGGUGGCGGAGUCUCCUCGCAGUCCACUACUCGCGCACAGGCUGAUGCUGGUGUAUCACCUCCAGCUGGCGAGGCCGUCACGGCGGUGACUAGCGCUUCGACCUGA